AUGCCGCGAAGUAUAGGAAACUCUUUUUCUGCUGUACCUCUUCCCGUCUUGCUAGCUUUUCAUUUUGACAAAUGGAGGAAUAUAACAGUCGGAAUUUUAGUAGUAUUUUCUGGAGUUGGAAUGCUCAUUGCAUCGCCGUUGCUUCUUUACCUAAUAGAUAGAUUUGGGUUCAGUGGAUCCUUUUUAAUUGUGAGUGGGUUAACACUUCAGGUUUGUAUCGGUGGGUUAUUUUGCUCACCAAGUUCAAAGGAGCGAAAAGUUUUGGAUGCACAAAACAAUGCUACGAUGGAUACAAAAAAUACGAGGAGCUUUGUAAUCCUUAAGAACAUUAAAUUAGAAGUUGUGAAUGUUUAUAAACUUAUAAAAAAUGUGCGGUUCAUUCUUUUUCUGUUAAGCACUUCAACUUGGAAUUUAGUACUUUCAGCGUGUUCGUCACAUUUGCCAAGAUACAUGGUAACAAAGGGUUUAGGCAAAGACGAUGUUAUUACCGUAAUGACAAUAUUUAGUUUAUCAAAUAUUUUUGGAAGACUUCUUGCAGCUACUACGACUGGUAAAGACGGAUUGGACUACACAGUAAUUCAUUUUGGAAGUUUAGGGGUACUUGGUUUAUCUUCAACGAUGUUUGUAUUGUAUAGUAAUUAUAUCCAUGCAGUGUACAUUUUUGCUGCCAUAUGUGGAUUUUAUACUGGAAGUACAAACUCUUUAAUGAUCCCAAUUGCAGUAGAUCUUAUUGGCAUUGAACACUUGUCUGGCGGCAAUGGGCUUCUAUAUUUCUCCGCAGGUGUUGGUGGCCUUGUGGGACCACCAUUUACAGGACUAAUUCAAAGCGUAACUGGGUCAUACGAAAUUUGCUUUAUGUCAUUAGGAUGUGUUACUCUUGUUGGGACAGUAAGCAGCCUUAUAGCAUUUAGAGGGAGAGCAGCAUCGGGGAGAGAGAGAAUAGACACUAACAUUAAAAUAAAUACAAUUGUUCCGACGUGUUGAUUUAUCGCUGCAUCGUUUCAAAAUUAUUACUAUAAGGAAGUUGUAAACCGACACUUUUAUUUAUGAUUAUAUUUUUUCUUCUCUUUUUUAAAUUAAAAUUAUAAUGAUUGUUUGCUAUUGCUUUUAAAACAGACGCCUAUGUAAAUAAUGUAUUUAUUUUUAUUAC